AGAACAAAGAACUCAACACCAGUCUAUUUUCUUCCGUCUCCGAAUAUCAAAAUGGCCCCUCCCGUUGGUCCCCGAUCCGGCGAUGCAAUCUUCGCCAGCGUUGAGCGCGUAAACGCGGAGCUGUUUACAUUAACCUACGGCUCGAUUGUGCUUCAGUUGCUUACGGAUUUAGAGGAAGUUGACGAAGUUAACAAACAGCUCGAUCAAAUGGGUUAUAACAUCGGAAUUCGGUUGAUUGAUGAGUUUUUAGCAAAAUCUAAUGUCACCAGAUGUGCGGAUUUUAGAGAGACGGCUGCGGUCAUUGCUAAGGUAGGUUUCAAAAUGUUCCUCGGGGUUAGUGCAUCUGUGACCAACUGGGAUGCUGACGGGACAUGUUGCAGUAUAAUUUUGGAAGAUAAUCCCUUGGUGGACUUUGUAGAGCUUCCCGAUACAUGCCAAGGCCUAUAUUACUGCAACAUCUUAAGUGGAGUCAUUAGAGGGGCACUAGAGAUGGUGUCGAUGAAGACUGAAGUCACAUGGGCUCGUGAUAUGCUUCGAGGUGAUGAUGCAUAUGAGUUACAAGUGAAGCUUCUAAAGCAAAUGCCAGAAGAAUACCCUUAUAAGGAUGAUGAGUAACUUCUUUACCUUGGCCUUUCAUAUGUUAUGUAUAAAAUUGAUUAUGAGUUUAAAUUUUCAUAUCCAUUUCUUAAGGAUUAGAUUUUAACAUUUUGUAUUAAUAGAAUACAUUAUUUUCGAAAAAUUUAAAUAGAUUUACCGAUAGUUCUACAA